AGACAAGCAGUGCGAGGAGCGGACGGCGUUUUUCAAGUCGGAAGGAACAAGCAAGUAUCGGAAGUACUUUCCCACUUUUCUGGGGGAUGCCGUGCGGAUCAUGGACCCGUUGCCCGUGCUGGCCAUGAAGUUUGCGCCGAAGGGCCUGAUAGAAGCUGCGAGCCGAAAUAAAAAAGUCGAGGAUCAUCGCGCGAACGCGAGAAUUAUAGCGCACCGUAAGAAAGGAGGAUCUUCUGUUGAUGUGGAAAGUUCGUGUGCUGGCGGCGAAGCUGGUUCUUGUUAUUCUGAGGACGAUAGAAGCUCAGAAGAUGGCUUAGUGGACGAAGAUUCUGACGACGAACACGCGCGGCGCGAGUUGGAUCGCAAUAUCAACUUGGACCGAC